AUGAAGAAGGCUAGCGCCGUUGAUCAGAUGCGGCGGGGUGUCAUGUCUGAAGUCCUCAGUAUCAACACCCCGCGGUCGACUUCCCACCGCCGUACUCAACUUACCAUACUCUCCAAGGCCACAUCCAGACCAAUUACACACAACUCCACUAUCGACUCACAUCCUUCUCUUUUCGUUCCCCAGCGGCUCCGGGUCUACUGCGAAGGCGGGGACGCCGUCAAUGAAGCAUUUGCAUUUGAUAUUCCGAUACGUCGUGGCACGGCCGGGUGGCGAUGA